UUUCCUCCUGCAGGAACAAGCCCGCACCUCCCUACAUGGCUGGACUCGUGUGUUGAGCGUGCAGAGGGCGCGGACGCAGAGCAGCAGAUCUGAUCAGAGGCCUCCGUCCCCCUGCUGAAGUGUCUUUGAGCCAAGCGCUGAUUCUGAGCCAGUGAGAGAGAGAGAAACCCGAGAGCUGUUCCAGCAUGGAAGGGAGGCGGAGUCUUCUCCUCAGCCUCAUCGUGGCAGCGUGUUUCUACGGCAACGCUGCUCAGACGACAGUCUGUACUCAAGAGGCUGUUGCUGACAUCGUCUUCAUGGUGGACGGAUCAUGGAGCAUCGGUAACGAGAACUUCGAGCAGAUCCGUCAGUUUCUCUACACGCUGGUCAACAGCUUCGACAUCGGGCCUGAGCACGUCCGCAUCGGGCUGGUCCAGUACAGCAGCUCCCCACGGACAGAGUUCCUGCUCAACACCCAUCAGAACAAGGAGGACAUCCUGCAGUACAUCAGCAAGUUGCCAUACAUGGGGGGCGGCACGCAGACAGGACAAGGCUUGGACUUCAUGUUGAAGAAGCACUUUGUGCAGGCGGCAGGGAGCCGGGCGCGUCAGCAUGUGCCGCAGAUUGCUGUGGUCAUCACUGAUGGAAAGUCCCAAGACAGCGUGGAGGUUCAUGCCCAGAAUCUGAAGAGACAGGGAAUCGUUCUCUAUGCCAUCGGUAUUAAAGACGCAGAUGAAGACCAGCUGAGGGAGAUCGCAAACGAGCCGCACGUCUAUAGCGUGUCUAAUUUUGCGGCUCUGCAGGGAAUCUCUCAGAGCAUCGUCCAGACACUUUGCACAACAGUAGACGAAGUCAAACGACGACAACUCCUGCUGUUGUCUAAAGAGUGUUCUCAAGCCACCGUGGCCGACAUCGUCUUCCUGGUCGACGGCUCCUCCAGCAUCGGCAUCAGCAACUUUCAGGAGAUGAGGCAGUUCCUGCGAAGCGUCAUCACAGGCCUCGACAUCGGCCCUGACAAAGUCCGGGUGGGCUUGGCUCAGUACAGCGAUGAACCGUACAAAGAGUUCCUUCUGAAGGAUCACAUGGACAAGGGUUCCCUGUUGGCUGAGGUGGACACAUUUCAGUACCGAACAGGAGGCACAGAAACAGGGAAGGCCAUGACGUUCCUCCUGAAGGAGUACUUCACUCAAGAGGCGGGGAGUAGAGUCAACGACCGGGUGCCUCAGAUCGCUGUGGUCAUCACUGACGGGGACUCUGCAGACGAUGUAAUAUUGCCCGCACAGGAGCUGAGACAGCGCGGCGUCAUCAUUUUUGGUAUCGGGGUGGGACAGUUCAACCUGAAGGAGCUGGGGUCCAUCGCGAAUCCGCCUUCAGAUCGCUACCUGUUCACCAUCGACAGCUACCAGGCCCUGCAGAGGCUCACUGACGGCCUGCUGAAAACUGUGUGCAUCUCUGUGGAGGACCAGCGGCAAGCCUUGGCAGAGAAGUUUGCAGACAUCUUCUUCCUGGUCGACAGCGGCUUGUCGUCAGUAGAGUUCCAGCAGGUCAGGACUGUCAUCACCCGACUGGUCAAUCAGAUGGACUUCGGAGAGUCCUCUUACCGCCUGGGAUUGGCUCAGUAUGGGCAGGACGUCAAGGUGGAGUUUCUCCUCAACGCUCACGAAACCAAGGAGAUGACACAGGCGGUUCUGAGGCGUUUCCGCCAACGCAAAUUACAACCCAGCGAACGCCGUAGAUUAGGCUACGCUCUUCAGUACGCAACCACCAACUUCUUCACCAGGGAGGCGGGGAGCCGCGCGAACUUCGGCGCCAGACAGUUCCUGGUGGUUCUGAGUGGAAAAAACUCAGAUGAUCCGGUGUACAGGGAGUCCCGUCUGAUCAAAUCUUCAGGAGUGACCGUGGUGGGGUUCAGCCUUGGCGCUUCCAUGGCUGAGAUGCGUCUCAUAGCGACUUCACCACAUGUAUUCCCAGCCAUCAGUCAGACGGCCGUACCUGACCUGAGGACCAUUUUUGAGAGAGAGGAAGAGGACACGGAGCUUACUGACGAUUGCAAAGCAGCCAAACUGGCCGACAUCGUGUUCAUCAUCGAUGAGUCUGGAAGCAUCGGGACGCCAAACUUCCAGCUGGUUCGUGCCUUCCUUCACUCCAUCGUGAACGGCCUGGACGUCAGCCCAAAGAGAGUCCGAGUGGGCAUCGUGAGUUUCGCCGACAGACCCUCAGCGCUUGUUCACCUCAACACCUUCAAUGACAAGAAAGAUCUGCUCAAGUUCAUCAAGAUCCUGCCUUACCACGGAGGAGGUACCAACACCAGAGAUGCCUUAGAGUACGCCCGCAAGAGCGUUUUCAUCAAAGAGAACGGAAGCAGGAAGGACAAGGGCGUCCAGCAGGUGGCGGUGGUGAUCACUGAUGGGGAAUCCCAGUACAACGUUAGCAAGGCAGCAUAUGAACUACGACGUGAGGGCAUCACCGUUUACGCAGUUGGAGUCAAAGGUGCAAAUGAGGACGAGCUGAAACAGAUGGCGUCGUAUCCCACACACAAGCACACGUUUGUGGUGGACGACUUCACGAAGCUGAAGAUGCUGGAGCAGACCCUGCAGAAGAGCAUGUGUGUGAACAUCCUCAAGCAAGCAGUCUCAGUCAACACAAGACAAAAGGGCAUCAAAGAAGGCUGCUUACAAACGGAUGAAGCGGACAUCUUCUUCCUGAUCGAUCACUCAGGGAGCAUCUACCCGACCGACUUCAGUGACAUGAAGAAGUUCAUCAUCGAGUUUCUGCACACUUUCCGUAUCGGGCUCGAACACGUUCGCAUGGGGGUCGCAAAAUACGCAGACACACCAAACUUAGAGUUUGAUCUGACCGCACACUCGGACACCAAGGCCCUGGAGGACGCCGUGUUGAAAAUCAAACAAAUAGGAGGCGGCACGGAGACAGGAAGAGCGCUGGACUUCAUGGGCCCAUACUUUGACCGAGCAGAGGCUUCUCGAGGUCACAAAGUCUCAGAGUACCUGAUUGUGAUCACUGAUGGUAAAUCAUCCGAUGAGGUCAAGAUUCCUGCAGAAAAGCUGCGGGCACAGGGGGUCAAGGUGUACGCCAUCGGGGUGAAAAACGCAGACCAAGAAGAGCUGAGAGAGAUCUCCGGAGACCCCACGAGGACGUUCUUUGUCAACAACUUUGAUGCUCUGAAACCCAUCAAGGACAACAUCGUCACAGACAUCUGCUCUCUGGACGCUUGCAAAGACCAACCUGGCGACCUCAUCUUCUUGAUUGACAGCUCUGGGAGCAUUGAAUACGACGACUACCAGAAAAUGAAAGACUUCAUGAAAUCUGUCAUCGGUAAGUCCAUCAUUGGGCAGAACAACGUGCAUGUGGGUGUCAUGCAGUUCAGCGACCGACAAAAGAUGGAGUUCCGACUCAACACCUUCUACUCCCAGGAUGAGAUGUUGCAAGCCAUCGGUGACAUGAACCAGUUUGGUGGGGGCACGCUCACAGGUGAAGCUAUCACUGUGUUGUCGCAGUACUUUGAUGCAGCUCUAGGAGGGCGGCCCAACCUGAAGCAGAGGCUGGUGGUGAUCACAGACGGUGAGGCUCAGGAUGAGGUGGAAGGCCCUGCCGCCGCUCUGAGGGCUAAAGGAGUGCUGGUCUACGCCAUCGGAGUGGUGGCCGCCAACACCACCCAGCUGCUGGAGAUCAGCGGGACACCAGACAGGAUGUACUCCGAGAGGGACUUUGACGCCCUGAAGGACCUGGAGAGUGAGGUGGCUCUGGAGCUGUGUGAGCCGGACAGAGAUUGUAAGAAGACGGAGAGGGCGGACAUCAUCUUCCUGGUGGACGGCUCCACCAGCAUCGACCUGAUCAAGUUUCGAAGCAUGCAGAAGUUCAUGGAGUCCAUGGUGAACCAGACCACAGUGGGCAAAGACCUGACUCGCUUUGGAGUCAUCCUCUACUCCACCAACCCAAAGUCUAACUUCACCCUUAAGGAGUACGAAACCAAACGAGACAUUCUCAAAGCCAUCUCACAGCUCAAAAACCCGUACGGAGACACGUACACCGGCAAGGCUCUGAAGUACUGUCUGGACUAUUUUAAAACUGAACACGGCGGUCGGGCUGAUCUCAAUGUGCCGCAGAUUCUGUUGGUGAUCACAGAUGGGGAUGCUACAGACCAUAACAGUUUAGUUGCUCCAUCCGUGGCGCUGAAAAACAACAAGAUCAGCGUGAUCAGUAUCGGCGUGGAAGGAGCCAACAGGACGCAGCUGGAGAUCAUGGCCGGGCACGACAAGUCCAAAGUCUUCCACGUGGAGAACUUUGACGCUCUGGAGGGUCUGUACAAGAACAUCACUCAGGAGCUCUGCGACGUCACCAAUGUGUGUGAAAAACAGAAGGCUGACCUGGUCUUCCUCAUCGAUUACUCCGGCAGCAUCCAACAACAGGACUACGCCAUCAUGAAGAACUUCACCACAGCGGUGAUCAGCAGCUUCAAAGUCAGCGACGAUUUGGUGCGUGUGGGAUGUGCUCAGUUCAGCAGUGAGUUUAAGGACGAGUUUUACCUGAACCAGGGGAACACUUUGGAGACUGCGAGUAAACACAUCCAGAACAUGAUUCAGUCCGGCGGAGGCACCAACAUAGGCAAAGCUCUGGACGCCAUCAGGGAGUACUUUGAGGCUUCUCGUGGGAGCCGCAGAUCGGAAGGGAUAUCCCAGAAUCUGGUGCUGAUCACAGACGGUGAAUCUCAGGACGACGUGGAGGACGCGGCCAACCGUCUCAGGGAUCUGGGGAUCGAGGUGUUUGCCAUCGGCAUCGGAAACGUCCACGAUCUGGAGCUCCUGCAGAUCACCGGCACACCUGAGAGGCUGUUCACCGUGCAGAACUUUGGCAGCUUGGAGAACAUCAAGAAAAAGGUCGUGAGCACAAUCUGCAAAUCCAAACCUCCCAAAGAACAAUCCAGCUGCAGCAUCGACAUCGUGAUGGGGUUUGACAUCUCCAAAACAAACCGUGCUCCAGGUGAGCUGCUGUUCAGCGGACACACAAAGCUGCAGAGCUUCCUGCCUGACAUAGCCCACUACGUUUCCUCCGUGCCCGGCCUGUGCUGCGUCGGCCCCGCUCCCGUAAGGACCAACAUUGCCUACCACUUGGCGAAUCGAGAUGGGCAAACCCUGUACAACACAAACUUCGAGCCCUACAGCGAAAACGUGGUGGACAAAGUCAAAGCUCUGGUUCUGGAGCCGACAUACUUCACCUCUGCCAUGCUGAGAUCACUCGGGGAGAAGAUGAGAACAGAGUCCGGAGCUGGAGUGAAGGUUGUGGUGAUUUUCUCGGACGGACUCGAUGAAGACGUGAUGAAACUGGAGUAUGAGUCCGAGCUGCUGAGAAAGUCGGGUGUCAGCGCUCUGCUGGUGGUAGCUCUGGAGGGAGCGCGUGAUGCCACCCAGCUGCAAAUGGUCGAGUUCGGUCGAGGAUUCGGAUACAAGCUUCCUCUGACCAUCGGCAUGCCGAGUGUCGGCAGCACCAUCCUCAAACAGAUCGUAAGUUCUUUACAUCUCAGCAUCACAUUCCUGCAUGUUUUGAAAAGCGUCAGGUGGCGUGCAGCGGCUGGUAGAGGAAGCUGCUUGCGACUGUUAGCUUCAAACAGUUUCAGUGUUAUUUUCUCAUCUUUUUUUACCUGUUUAAAUCUUCAGGGUGUGUCUGGACAAAUAGGCUUCCCGGGUUUCCCAGGAGACGAGGGCGUGGCUGGGGAGCGAGGCGGUUCUGGACCGAGUGGACCUCAGGGUGUUCAGGGCUGCUCGGGGCUCAGAGGACUAAAGGGCUACAGAGGGAUCCGAGGAAACAGGGGCGAAAACGGAGAGGACGGACUCAACGGAGUCAACGGAGAACAGGGAGUGACGGGACAAGACGGAGGUCGAGGAGAGAGAGGGAACCCCGGAAACCCGGGCAUCCCAGGUAUCAGAGGGGAGGCGGGGCUUAAGGGACAGCGAGGACUGAGAGGAGAUCCGGGUGAACCGGGUGCUGAUAACACCGCUCCAGGACCCAAAGGAGACGCCGGGAACGCAGGACUGCCGGGACCUCCAGGACAAGAUGGACAGCCAGGUGAGAGUGGAAUCAACGGAAACACGGGUCCAAAUGGAAGGAGAGGCUCGCCCGGUCAGAAGGGUGCACCUGGAAAGCCGGGAGAAGCAGGCAGCCAAGGCAGCCCCGGAGCUUCAGGUCCACAGGGUCCCAGAGGAAUCCAAGGACCACGCGGACCCACAGGACUGGCCGGCCUGCCUGGACCUCAGGGUAUAUCAGGACAGCCUGGAGGCCCGGGUGCAGGAGGACGCCGUGGAGCAAACGGACAGAAGGGCCAACCGGGAGAUCCAGGUGAGAAAGGAGUUCCAGGAUCACAGGGACCGCGAGGGAUGCCGGGUCAGGACGGUAAAGACGGUUAUGGACCUGUAGGAUCCAAAGGUGCAAAGGGAGAUCCUGGUUUCCCUGGUUACCCCGGGUUAACGGGUGAAGACGGUCUGAAGGGGUCUAAUGGAUAUCCAGGACGUAAAGGGAACCUAGGCCGAGGCGGGAACUCGGGGCGGCCGGGAGAAUCAGGCAUUUCUGGAGAACCGGGAUACUCAGGACACCCGGGUCUCAGAGGUCCUCCUGGAAACAUGGGCACCGAGUGUCAGCUGAUCACCUACAUCAGAGACAACUGUGCAUGCUCUUUUGGUCGUUCCGAGUGUCCGGCCCUCCCCACAGAGCUCGUGUUCGGUCUGGACAUGUCUGAGGACGUGACCCCGACAGUCUUCGAGCGUCAGCGCAACGCCCUCCUCUCGCUGCUGGAUGACAUCUCCAUCGCCGAGAGCAACUGUCCGACCGGCGCCCGCGUGGCCGUGGUCGGAUACAGCGCCUACACCAAGUACCUGAUCCGCUUCCAUGACUACCGCCGCAAAGCGCAGCUGAUCGAGGCGGUGAAGAACAUCGCCCUGGAGAGGACGGUCAACCGCCGCCAGCUGGGCGCCGCCAUGCGCUUUGUGGGCCAGCACGUCUUCAAACGCGUCCGAGCAGGAUUGAUGAUGAGGAAGGUGGCUGUCUUCUUCUCCGCAGGACUUACGCAGGACACCAACGACGUCGUGACGGCCAUGAUGGAGUACCGCGGCUUCAAAAUUGUCCCAGCUGUCAUCGCUCUGAAGAACGCUCCUAAGAUCAGUCGGGCGAUGGAGGUCGAUGACUCCAGAAACGCCAUCUUCACCGUGAUGGGGAGGGACAUGGCGGCCGACCUCAGGAAGGUCAAGAACUGUGCGAUCUGUUACGACCCGUGCAAGCGUUCAAGCGAGUGCUCCUUCAUCCAGGAGGAGGUGCAGCCUCUGGAGGCCGACAUGGACCUGGUGCUGGUGCUGGACGGCUCCCGGGAGGUGCAGGCUGACGAGUACAGCGGCACCCAGCAGCUGCUGGCGUCUGUGGUGGAGCAGCUGGCCGUGAGCCCUGAGCCCAGCAGGGCCGGGAGCCAGGCCCGGGUGGCGUUAGUCCAGCUGGGAAGCAACCGGGCUAUGAUGGCGGAGUUUGGCCUGAAGACCUACCAGAACCAGCAGCUGAUGAGGACACACCUGCUGCAGCGGUUGCAGCAGCAGGGCGGCUCCUCGGCGCUCGGACUCACGCUGGAGUACGCCCUGAGGGAGGUGCUCCUGAAGGCCCCGCACGCCCGGAGGAAGAGGGUGCUGCUGACCGUGGUGGGCACCCAGACGGCCUACGAGGACAGGGCCAAGCUGCAGUACAUCUCCCAGAAGGCCAAGUGUGAGGGGGUGGCGCUGUUCGUGGUGACGGUGGGCGAGCGCUACAGCCGGACGCAGGUGGAGCAGCUGUGCGGUCUGCCCGUGCAUCAGCACCUGAUCCAUGUCAGCAGAAUGAACGCCGAGGAGCAGGGCUACACCCGGCGCUUCUUCAGGGUCUUCAUCUCCACCCUCAACAAUGGAAUCAACACGUAUCCUCCUCCCACUCUGAAACGAAUGUGUGACCAGCUGAGAGAACAAGAUGGAGGACAGAAUUUUAACGGUCAGUCGGGGUUCACAGAGAUUGAGGACGUGAGGGAGGAGGAGGAGGAGAGGUUUCAGGAGCACACAGGAGGAAGUACUCAGCAGACCGGCCAGCUGGACAUCAUCGAGACCCUGACCCGAGGCGACGGACAGACAGUAGUGUCUGGAGCUAAUGUCAACGCCCAGUGUCUGCUGCGGGCUGAUACUGGUAUCCAGUGUGGCGACUAUGUCCAAGUGUGGUUCUUUGACAAAGACAUCGGUGCAUGCUCGCCAUUCUGGUUCGGUGGUUGCGGCGGCAACGCCAACCGCUUUAAAACGGAAAAUGAAUGUUUCCUGACGUGUGGCAUCCAUAAUCCAGACUUCCUGCCCAAACCAGAGCUGGCCAGCUUCGGCUCCAAAGACGCCUGUUUUCAGCCUCAGAACCAGGGCGGCUGUCAGAACUACACCAUGGUGUGGUUCUUUGACACCGAGCAGAACGAGUGCUCGCGCUUCUGGUACGGCGGCUGCGGCGGCAACGAGAACCGCUUCAAGACUCAGGAGGCGUGCGAGAGCCUGUGUCUGCUGAAGAGCCGGUGAAGAGGAGGGGCGAGCGAGCAGGAGCGAGGAGGAGGAGAAAAACACCGCUGUACACCCGACACACCACAACAGAGCCUUAGAAUAAAACACAUGCAUGUUCAAGAAAAAAAACAAAACUUUAUCGACAGCUCAGAGUGAUGACGGACGCCUUCAGGGAAAACGUUUGACUGUCUGUAGAGCGAUCAGCUGAUCUUUAAAGGGUUUUUGAGCUUCUUUUCUUGAACGUGCAUGUUUCAGUUUCCCCCUCAGAUCUUCUUCUUUCUAACUCUUCACCCAACACGUGAACAGAAACAUGCUGAACUCUGACGCUGUCACAAUUCUUUACUCCACAUCAGGUGCUACUUUCAUGAGGGGGGGGGGGGGGUUGUUUAUGAAUGUUUUUAUUUAGACUCGACAUGAAUGUUUGAAGGAAUGACAUUAAAGUGUGUUUCUGUAAAACGACUUGUUGUUACAUAACUGAACAGAAAGGAUCGAUCGGUCUUAUGAGUGUUAUCUUCUCGCAUCUCGUUUGAAGACACUUAAAGCUUCUCCUCAAGUCAUCAGUCUGUCAAACCUAGUAGAAAAACCUCCUCGUGUAUCUGAUCUCAUUUCAGCGUCUGUCUCUUUAAGGCCCGCCUCCCCUUGUGCCCACUCUCUUCUGAUUGGCCAGCUCUCUGGAAGCCUUCCUGUGGGGGGGGGGGGGGCAGAACGCUGCAGGGCUGCCAGGGGAGGGCUGCUCUCCAGAGCUGGGAGAAGAGAGUCGAUGAAAGAGGUUUAACCGGCUUGAAGCCGUCUGGUGAAAUUCUUGCGGCACUUUGGCGCAAUUUGCAGAAAAAGCCUUUUAGCAGACUGAUCCUGGGAUUACUCCAAACAUACGUUUACCUUGUGAUCUGAAACUCUGACCACAUUUAGAAGGAGCAUCCAGCAUUGUAACGCUAAAUGUGAGUUUUAAAACGGGGAUCAGGAGAAUAGGUCGACGUUAGAUUUUACUCACUGCAACUAUCUUUCCUAAUUACAAGCAAUUUAGACCUUUUUUAAUCUACACUCGUCAGGUGAUCGGGGCUUUAAAGACCAGAAACGAGACAAAUCAAACGUAAAAGACGAGUUUUUAAAGUGCAUCAGUUCCAUUAUUUACAUGUAACACAGCGAGAGAAAUGUCAGGGUCUUCCUUUCAGAGUUUUGGUCUUAAAUCGAUGAUGAGGAUGUUUCUACGAUCAGCUGAGAUCUGAGGAUGAGGUCGCUCUGAGAGGACGAUGGCGGUCAGACGACCAGGAAACAAAACUCAGCCAAUCGUGCUGCAGGAUGAUGGACACGUGUUUUAGAAUCCGUUCCAGCUGAGGUCUCGUUUUCUCUCCUGCAGAUCAGUCUGGUUGUUUAACAGGUCAGGACCAAUCAGAAUCAUCGAUCUAACGCGGGGCUGAUAAAAGAGCCAAUGAGGCGUCAGGAUUAGAAGAACUGCGCCGCGUUUGGGUUUUAGAUAAAUGUUGAGUUUUAUCACUGAGUCAUGUCGUGCAGAAAUGGCUCCAACCAACGUUCAGCAGGGCAAUGAAAAUGAGUGCUGACAAAUGUGGGCCCCCCUUAGGGAGGUUUCCUACUGUCAUUGCAAAAUUUGCACGUUAUGGGUCGCUUCUUUGUUUAAAAUUUUGUCAGACCUCUGGGGCCCCUUACUGGUCUGGGGAUUUUUGUUACCGCAAAUAAAACUUCUGCGAUCUGUCUGAAUUACACAAAAACAUUGGUAACAUCUUAGAUUUGGAUUCCUUCCUCCGCCGUGCAUCUGUCUCAUGAAACGGACAUUUUCAACGACCGUAGCUGUAGCGUCCAGAGAGAGAACUCUCAACUCUAAAAAUGAACACAAAUGGUUCACAGACUUCUAAAUGUUCUCACAUCAGGUCGGUGGGAGCUGCGUUUAAAGAUGAUUUUACAAACUCAGUCUGAAGGUCAUGUUUGUCUCAUCAUGCUGUGGUCGCUCAGCCGUGUAAACGCCGGACUUCUUCGACUCUUUGGAGGUCACUUAAAGAUCUAACCGCCUCGAGAUAUCAGAGAGGAACGCUGUGCAGCCUGGUCUUUAUGUGGAGCUCCAGGACUGCAGCUGUUCAGUCUAAAAACGUCCUCUCAUCUGUUUAAAGUGAAGACCUUUAACUGUUUAAAUGAUCAAACUGACCCUGGAGCUGCAGCAGUUUAGUGUUUAGUCUGUUCAGCGUCUGAUUAAUCCCACAAACAUAAACACACAGUUUGAGCCUUAAAAGGUCACAGCUGUGUGUCUCUGUGUGAGUUUUCAUGUUGUGUCCCCGUCCGUCUGUAAAAAAUCAGCAUGUGCUUUAUUAAACCGACCAAUGGUGCUUCAUGUAAAAAACAAUAAUAAAGAAUUUCAGAAAAGCUGCGA